CCGUGCGAGCGGUACGCAACACACACGCUCCUCCGCACACGCGAGAAGACCGUGCGUGCCCUCCUCGGCCACACCGCGGGGUCAGUCGGGGUCCUGCUCUUAGUCAGGACACUCGGAGAGAGAGAGCUUCUUCGUUCACGGGGCUGCCUGUGAUCGACCUGUCCGCUUGAGAAGAUCGACCGUCACUGGACGACUCCCUCGGCGUCGCGAUAUAUCAGGCGACGCGAGUCGGAAAGAAGUCGCUCAACCGAUCAACGCAUUCUACGAAGAAGCGCACGCUUGUGAAUUUUUUUUUUUCCCCGAAGCGACUCGAAGUUGCUCGGAAAACUUCUGAAGCAACUGCAAAAAGAGCGGUCCUGGCCCGAAGGUUUUACACGUUUCUUCCUCGUCGACCUUGGUGAACCACGUGGCUCUCCGUGGAAAGAGACUGGAUCUCCGCCCGGCGGACGAACGGGACCAGCCUCAAGAUUAUCCGAGAGAACAUUCGAACUUCGCCGACACUGCGUGCUUCCGCGAUAAUAUCUGUGCGAGAACAACGUGUGCCGGAAGUUUGACGUUCGCUGAGAAGAUUAGUGUGCUUCAUUUCGGAACUGAAUCUGUACCAGGCACAGUGCGCGGGAAGCGGGUCGGAAAAAUAGUGCGCGGCUCUAUGAGCGGCGUAAAAUUUUAGAUCAUCAUUCUCGCCGCGGCAGCUAAUCGUGAUGUGUGAAGCGGUACCUCGAACUUGGCACAUGAAACCGGAACUUCACUGCAAUCCCGUGGGAGUUCCGGUGGGCGCUUUGUCACCCCCGGCCACCCUCUCGCCACCCGGCAGCCCAAGCGUAAUCACGCUACCAUCUUCGCCUUGGAGCCCAGGUGUACCGGGAAGCAGUUCAAGCACCAUCGCCUCCGCCAAUGCACCUUCAGGCCUUUGUCAACCCGUUCCCGAUCGCUUCAGCGCCUUCACCCUCGUUUCAAAUUACAACCCCGAUCUGAGAUUGCAAAAUCUACCGCUGAGCGGUAGCAUUGCCGCGCGAGACAUGCGCUGCGGCUUAAUGUACGGUGGCUACGGAGCAUCUGGGAGCGCUUGGUGGGCCCGUCACAUGGGCCUGCUGCUGCCACAUUCUCUGCUCCCAUCGUCAAGAAUCCUGUCCCAACAAACGACACCAGUUUCGAAUUGUUCGCCCAUUCAUCCGGAACCUCUCAGUCCGGCGCGUCCCGGAUCACCGCGAAGAUGCACGCCGGAGAAAGCCAAGUUCGAAGAAGAGGUGCCAUUGAAUCUCAGCACGAAGCCGAGCGACAUUUCGUCGAGUAUCGGCAACAGGAAAAGUGAAAUCUGGUCGCCGGGUUCGGUGUGCGAGAGAGAGGCCAGGGAAACGAGAGCACCUUCCUCCAGGAGUCCAUCCUCGACUCCUAUAAUUACGCGGCAAAUUCAUCAUUCGCCGCUUACACCGCCCUCCUCGACGGAAAGGACCUUUCAAUGUAAGCAGUGCGGUAAAGCCUUCAAACGGUCAAGCACACUCAGCACUCACCUGCUGAUCCAUUCUGACACGAGGCCCUAUCCCUGUCAAUAUUGUGGCAAAAGGUUUCAUCAGAAGUCGGACAUGAAGAAACAUACCUACAUUCACACCGGUGAGAAACCGCACAAGUGCGUGGUGUGCGGCAAGGCGUUUUCGCAGAGCAGCAACCUGAUCACGCAUAUGCGCAAGCACACCGGCUACAAGCCGUUUCAGUGCGGCCUCUGCGACAAGGCGUUCCAAAGGAAGGUCGAUUUGCGAAGGCACCGGGAAGGUCAGCACCCGGCGGCGCCGGCGCUUGACUAUCGCUCUCUGCAGAUGCCUGCGCAGCAACAGCCGAACGGCAACCGGCGCUCGCCCGUGCCGUCGCACUCGACGUCUUCGACAGGUUACCACAUGAUAUCCGUGCCCAGCAGUAGCUGAGACUCGUUCACCUGACAGACGCCUCGUCCGUGAAAGCCGUACCGAGCCCUUACGGAACCGGACAGCCGGAAUGUCCCACGCCGGUACGUAUUUCAAUCGCGCGUACGCGGUGACAUCGUCAACGACGGGUAAUGCUCGUAAAAUCGAUCGUCGCGCGAGCGAGAUUCUAUACAUAGUUUAAUUCGACGUUGAUUGGAUCGAGUUAUGUAUUUCGAGCGAGCGUAACACUAAAGUAGCGACCCACUCGGCCAUCCGGCGUUUCUUCUAUGAGUUUAAUGCGCGAGAUUGAGUAAAGUGAGGUGAGAUUGAAUCUGCUCUUCGUGUAAUUUGACAGAAAAUUUCUAACAUUGAAGGAAAAAAUAUUUUGGCGUUAUAUAUUUAGCAAAAGGCAAUUCGAUUAUUCUUGCUCAAUCUUCUUAUUUUAUAGUGCCAUUGAAACCAUGUUGCUUAUAAUUCUUUGAUGAUGCUAUUCGACUUCACCUUACAGUACGUCGAGAAUAUGUGCGUUGAUACACUUAGUCAACAAAAAAAAAAAAAACGUUAAAAACUUCGAAGAAAGGAUUGCUAAUCCACCAAUGAAUUUCCAGCAUUGUAAAACAGAUUUUUGUGCUACACGCUUGAAAAAUGAAGGCAAGCAAUUUUUCUUUUUUUAGUACCUUUUAAAAAAAAUAGAUUUUAAAGGAAGAUUUAUUACUAUCUUAUUUCACAUAUUAUUAUGUGAUAAUUAAAAUUACAAUCAGUUUUUCGGAAUAUCCUGUUGGCAUUGAAUCGAUGAUUUUUUUCAAACCUUUGUGUCCAAGUGUAUCACUGUUCAUUUGUGAUACCAGCACUGUUAUAGUACUGUGAUAGUAUCUCGCGAUGUACGAUACGUCGAUGCGGAUUAUCGGAGAUGGCUCUUACACAUGCAUCAGCGAAUGUCGCGAGUAACGGACAUGUGAUGCACAAGUAUCAUUGCGAAUCGCUUCGAAAUGUAGUGUGUGCUUCGCGUUUAUUAUACCAGUGAUACUACGCCUCUCUCCUGUGGCGUGACAAAUUACACACGUAACGCGCUAAUGCUUUUUUUAAGCAACACGCGACGCGUCGACACCGAAGCAGCAUCAUUGUGCAUCGUAUUUCCAUGUCUCGAUCGGACCAAAUAUAAAUCGCAUUAGACGCGACAUUAGUCCUGCAUCAAAUCGUUCCUCUCAUUUUUAGUCCAAUCGAGCGGCUCUAUUCGCAAAAGUGAACGGAGAGCGUCGUCGAAAUAGAAAUACAAUUCGGAAAGAAACUAGCACAUGACAAAGGACAAAUUUUGGGUCUUAUCUCGGAGCGAUGAGAUGUAAAUACACACAGCCGUGACUGUACGCGUGAUUGCACGAUGCAGAUUCAAGGUGUCUAAUUCAAGGAUCGUCUGCGUCGAAGGUCACUGUCUCUUUGCAAACCAAUCUCGCUUAUGCUCAGCUGAGAAACAGAAUUGUAAAUAUUUUCCAUGGAAAUCACCACCGAUAAUCUUUCCGUUUUAACGAUGCGAAAUUACGGAGGGGCGCUUAAUUGGAGUGCGAUCGGUGAAAUGUUUGCGUGAAUCAAUCGGACAAUCGUAUAUUUAAUCAACAUCCACACAGUGCCUUGGUGAACGUUUCCGACGCAGUUGGAAUUUUUUUAAUUACGGCGCGCAUUAUUUUCGACGCUUUUCUCGCUAAUAGAUAUCAUGUUACCUGGCAAUGAAUUAUUGGAUUAAGCAAAUAUGACCCAAAUACGAUUCUAAAAGCUUCAAACUUCAAAUAAGAAUUCGUAUGGCGUUCUAUUUAAUCGCCUUGGCCUGAUAGUAAGAAAAUCGUCGUCAAAUUUAAUGGUGGACAAGAAACACUGUAUAUACGCGUGCACGCACACAUAUACACACAUAUAUAUAUAUAUAUAUAUUUCUUAAGACGUAUGUGCAGGAUAUUGCAUGUAUGUACGUAUUUGUACAUUACUGCCUUCAUUAUUUAUACUAUUUUUCGAAAAGAGAAAUAACUCUACAAAUUCCUUAUAUAAAUAGAUAGAUUUUGAAUCAUUGAAUUAUGAAGGCGAUUGCAUACAAUUUGAUGCAAAGAAUUCUUUCGUAAUAAAAUUUUUUAAUCUCGUAUGACACGUAAAAAAAAUAUUCAAAUAAAAUGCUAUAAAAAUAUACAAGCCUGUCAUGUAAAUGCUUAUCGUGAUAAUGGCAAAUGAAUUGUAUUGGAAACUGAAUCAAAAUUGAAAAAGUUUUCUUUAUCUUGAUUUUCACUGUUGAUUUCUUUGUCAUUACAGAACAAUCGACUCGAUCGAUCUAUCGAUAUAUAUCAUAAAAUGCCUCAAUGUGCCUUUCUUUCGAUGUCACAUAUUCGAGGCGUGGUAUUGAAUAAUACUGCACCUCUCCUCCUCCUCCCCCCCCCCCUCUGCCAUGCAUUCAAGUGUUCACAUCUAAAUACAUUAAUAGCAUUUGUGUCUUGUAACAAAUGUGUGUUGUUUAAGUUCCAUAAUUCUUCUAGAUAUAUCAAAAUUAUAUUUAAAAAUUUUUUCAUAUUAUUUAUAUAUAUUUUGCAAGUUUUACAAAUCUUACGCACGUUAUUUAUUUAAUAAAAUUUUAACAUGUACAAGUUAAUAUCAAUUGUGCAACUUUCAAACACUUCUCGUGAACGAGCAUUUUGACACGAGAUGCGCGUAAUUGGUAAAAUCGUGGAAAAAUGAUUGAUUAUUGUUUGAAAUUGUUGGAAAACUAUUGCUUUCGAUGUGUCAUUUCUAUUUUAUCGAUAUCUAAACCUAAAUGUGUGACAAAACGAGAUAUAUACACGAUGCAUUAUGUUGAAAGCUCUAAGCUGAUUGUGAAUGUAGUAUAUUAUUUGUCUAUGUGUCAUAGUCCAUCGAAGCCAAAGUCACCCGUGUUUACGAAAAUCGAUUGAAUAGAUUCAAACAGUGAACGAUACACUAUGUCGAAAUGUUAACAAACGUUAUCAAAACUUGAUAAAUAUUAUGCAACCUUUUUACUUGUGAUGCCAAUUUUUACGUCUUACUUUCGCACUAUUUAUUACACUUUUCCAGAUAUCGGCACGGAUAUCAAUUGGCAGAUGUAUUUCGUACAAUUCGGUGGUUGAUCAAAAUAUACUUUACGGCGUAGAAAAGUCACCGCUGCGAAAGAAAAGCGUGGGAGUGAUUAUUUUUGUAUUAACGCGGAAGUAAAGCCGAAGAAGCAAAAUGUGUAGCUUACAGUUAGAUAAAUGAACGAGCACGCUGUAACUUUUCCUGCACCGAAAAAAAAAAAAAAAAAAAAAAAA